CCCCGAGUCCCUCUGUUACAGGCUUUAUCGCCGACGUCCGUCGUCCUCACUUCCGUCGUCCUCCCUUCCACGGCCAAAUCGAAGGGUGUGUUCUAUCUUACGCCAUGGCGGAAGAGAAGUACAACCUGAAGAACCCAGCGGUGAAGAGGAUCCUUCAGGAGGUGAAGGAGAUGCAAGCAAACCCUUCCGAUGAUUUCAUGAGCCUUCCUCUCGAGGAAAAUAUAUUUGAGUGGCAAUUCGCGAUCAGAGGUCCCCGUGACACAGAGUUCGAGGGAGGAAUCUAUCACGGACGGAUCCAAUUGCCAGCAGAAUAUCCAUUCCAACCUCCUGCAUUUAUGCUGUUAACUCCUAAUGGUCGUUUUGAAACACAGACGAAGAUUUGUCUAAGCAUAUCCAACCAUCAUCCGGAGCAUUGGCAGCCAUCUUGGAGCGUGAGAACUGCUUUGGUAGCAUUGAUUGCAUUCAUGCCCACCAACCCAGAUGGUGCACUGGGCUCAUUGGAUUACAAGAAGGAAGAAAGACGUGCAUUAGCCAUCAAAUCUCGUGAAGCAGUCCCCAGAUUUGGAACUCCAGAACGUCAGAAAUUGAUUGAUGAGAUUCACCAGUGUAUGUUAAGCAAGGCACCACCAAUUCCGCAAUUAAAUGCCCCGCAGGCCUCGAAUGAAGAAGAAUCAACCGAGAAAGAAGCAGAGGCAGAGGUUAGCCCGCAAAAUUCUGGUGCGGUAGCUGCAGCCGAGGGGGGUCAUCCAAACCCAGAAGGUGAUGAUAGGAUUGUGGAAGAUGUGCGAGAGGUCCGAGUGAAUGCUAAUGCUGGCCCAUUGAGAGUCAGCUUCAGCGCAGGUUUGAGGGUGUCAAGACGGAUGCCUGCUGUUGACCCCAAUGAGCAGCAGCAGUUGCAGAGGCAGGAAGUAAGAGUGCGGAAGCCCACUGAUGAUCGUAUCUUUACGUGGGCUGCCAUUGGCCUCACCAUUGCUUUAGUGUUCCUUUUACUGAAGAAAAUUUCCAGAUCCAGCGGAUACAGUGCUGGUUACGUGGAGAGAUUGUAGAUAGCAGAGACCUGGGGCGAUGCAGACUGCAGAGGUGGAGCUAUAACAUUUUCUCGGCGAAUUCCUAUUUAGAGGGUUAAAUAGAGAAAAUGUAUCCAAAAUGCAUGACAUGUAUUAUAUAUCUCGUAUGCUUAUGCUUUCUCAAGUUUACAUGUUAAUAAUAUACAUUGCAACUCGUUUCGCUACUGAGUUUGCGUUGGUGCAAACUGCAGAGGAUAAUUAUCCUCCCUGUGUAAAAAAAAAAAAAUCUCUCUUUAGUCUUAAGAAAAAUGGUGCCAGUUGAAUUUCAA